AUGCCCACCGACACCACCCGCGACCAAAUGAAGUCCUACUGGACCGAACAUAGCUCGACGACGAACAUUGAGACGAUGAUGCUGGACUCGAACGCCAAGAUUCUCCAUGAGCUCGAGAUGCCCGAGAUCAUGGCCCACGCCCCGUGUAUGGAAAACCAAGACGUGCUGGAGCUGGCUGCUGGCAUUGGCCGCUUUACGUCCAUUCUUGGCAAAAGCGCCAAGAGCGUCACGGCGGUCGAGUUCAUUGAAGAUUUCCACAAGGCCAACGUGGCAACAAAUGGCCACUUGACGAACGUCGAGUUCCUCUGUCGAGACGUCGUGACUCUGGAGAACCCGCCGCACUCGUUUGACGUGAUCUUUUCCAAUUGGAUCUUUAUGUAUCUAGGAGAUGACGAAGUCAAGGCUUUUGCCGAGAAAGCUAUCAAGUGGCUACGCCCUGGAGGCAAGCUCUUCUUUCGCGAGUCUUGUUUCCGACAAUCGGGAGAUGUCCAGCGCAGCUCGAACCCAACGCACUAUCGUCAUCCGGCAUUCUACGUGGGAACGUUUGGAUCUGUCGUGUCUCAAGAAGAUAGUGGAGACUUGGGGUACUUCAACCUCGAGUCGUCUGGCAGUGUCGCUGUGUAUCGGAAGAUCAAGAAGAACAAUGGACAGGUUUUCUUCAGCUACACGAAAGCAGUGAAGCAGUGCUCGUCGGACAAGAGCACUGACAAGGUCGUGGCGACAUUCCAGAAGUUUCUGGACGAACAGCAGUACUCAGACCAGAGUAUCACGCGGUACGAGAAGAUCUUUGGUCCAGGCUAUGUGAGUACCGGGGGACAGACUACUACCACGGAAUUUGUCUCGAAACUCAAGCUGAAACCUGGUGAGAGAGUCCUGGAUGUGGGUUGUGGCAUUGGAGGAGGAGACUUUUACAUGGCUCGUCAGUUCCAGGUCUCUGUUGUUGGCAUCGACCUCUCUACUAACAUGGUACACCGUGCCUUGGAGACGUCAAUGCAAGAUUCGAGUCUCGACGUGGAGUUUGAGAUCUGUGAUGCUACGAAGAAGGAGUAUCCAGACGCGUCUUUCGACGUCGUGUACUCUCGUGAUACGAUCCUGCACAUUCAAGACAAGCACUCGUUGUUUGCCAAGUUCUUUCGCUGGCUGAAGCCUGGUGGUCGCGUGCUCAUUUCUGACUACUGUCGGGGCGAGCAAGAGCCGACGGACCGCUUCAAAGCGUACGUGGCCGACCGUGGAUACCACUUGCUGUCUCCGUCUCAGUAUGGAAAAGUGCUAGAAUCGGUGGGAUUCAAGUCCGUGCUCGCGGAAGAUCGCACGGAUCAAUUUGUGACGGUGCUAAAGGAAGAGCUGGCUCGUACUCUCGCGCACAAGGAGGAAUUUGUUGCCGAGACGAGCGAGGCGGAUUUCAAGUACAUUGUGGAUGGCUGGCAGGCAAAGAUCGUGCGUUGCGGUGAGGGUGACCAGAAGUGGGGACUGUUUUACGGAGAGAAGGAAUAG